CUUCGGUUCGAUUUUUCGGAUCCGGAUUUUUUGCCCAGCCAUAAGAAUACUAAUCAAAUUUGGACUAUAAUGUAAUAUCUUAAAAUGUAAGGUCAUAAAUCUUAUCAACAGAAUACGCUAUUUAUAUGUUGGAUUGUGGUAUCCAAACGACAAAUCCAAUAACUCUAAAGUUGUGAGUGAGGGAGGAAAGAAUUUAAGGAGUGAAAGUGAAAUAGUUAUCUUUUGAAAAGGGAGAUGCUGUAAUUCUAAUCAUAAGUAAAGGGACGAAUCUGUAAUUUAUAAAACGCCUGGCUUUGUAUUUAUUCGCACUGGUGACAAAAUUCGAAGUUAACACAAUGAAACCGUCACAACGGUCAAGCAACCGAAUCAUUGAUCAGCUCGCCGCCGCCAUGAUCCAGAACCGUCCAUUCGACGCCGUCCUCGCCUCUUCAACAGUCGCAAGUCCAUGGACUCAUCAGCUCGUCUCCAAUAUCCUCCGCUCCAUCCCCAGAUUCUUCUUCAUGUCCCCUCGUUCCAUCGGCCGGCAGAAGGGUUUCCGUCACCGGUCGCCGUUAAAACAGAGAAACCUCCGUGAAGAAUCAGCACGACGCCGUCUUGAAGUCCUAGUUCUAGGUCCCGGCGCGUAUGUAGAUCCUAAGAAAGUAUCUCUCGGUUUGCAUAAAGCAAGGGAGUUCUUCUUUUGGAUCGAGACACACUUCGGUUUCGAACAUAACGAGAUCACUUGCAGAGAAAUGUCAUGCUUGUUUGCCAAAGGAAACGACUUCAAAGGUCUCUGGGACUUUCUCCGGCAAGUCUCGCGACGUGAGAACGGAGGAAGCGUGGUGACCACAUCGUCUAUAACGUGUUUGAUGAAAUGCCUAGGAGAAGAAGGUUUUGUGAAAGAGGCAUUAGCUACGUUUUACAGGAUGAAAGAGUAUCACUGCAAACCCGAUGUUUACGCUUACAAUACAAUCAUCAACGCUCUUUGCAGAGUAGGGAACUUUAAGAAGGCUCGGUUUCUGUUGGAUCAGAUGCAGUUGCCGGGGUUUCGAUACCCGCCGGAUGCGUAUACUUACACCAUUUUGAUAAGCGCGUACUGUAGAUAUGGGAUGCAGACCGGAUGCAGGAAGGCGAUAAGGAGGAGGAUGUGGGAAGCUAACCGAAUGUUUAGGGAGAUGCUGUUCAGAGGGUUUGCACCUGAUGUGGUUACUUACAAUUGCUUGAUCGAUGGAUGCUGCAAAACGAACAGGAUUGGUCGGGCUUUGGAGCUGUUUGAAGAUAUGAAGAAGAGGGGGUGCGUACCGAACCAGGUGACGUACAAUUCUUUUAUAAGAUAUUACAGUGUGACCAAUGAGAUAGAACGCGGGAUCGAGAUGAUGAGGAUGAUGGAGAAGAUGGGUCACGGUGUAGCUGGUUCAAGCACGUACACGCCGCUGAUACACGCUCUUGUUGAGACCAGGAGAGUGGCUGAGGCUCGGGAUUUGGUGGUGGAGAUGGUGGAGGCCGGGUUGGUUCCUAGAGAGUAUACUUAUAAGUUGGUGUUGGAUGCUCUGAGCUCGGAAGGAAUGGUGGGUACACUUGAUGAAGAGGUGCAUAAGAGAAUGAGACAAAGUAUAGACCAGAGAUGUAGAAGAGUCAUGAAGAUCAAACCUGUCAUGGCUAGAAAAGAGGUGGUCCAUGAUAAAUGAAUACUUCCUGUUCAAACCUUGUAUUGUGCUAUGUUGUAAUACUUCAUGAAUACUUUUGUUACUUGUUCAUGAUAAGAAAGGUAAGAGAAAUCAA